CCUAUAAUCGUGAGAGCACUAUCGCUGUCAGGAACAGAAACAAUGGGAGUGAAAUGGAGUGAAGUCCCGCCUCAGAUUGCCGAUAUGUGGUUAUGUGUUGUACGUACAGAAGGUUAGGGGGAGGGGGGAAUACGUUCCCUCUGAUUUUUCUUUCGCACACUGGCAUACAUUAUUGAUAGCCACAGCUAUCUGUUCUCAAGCUGUUAAGGCUCACUGCAUUAAGCGGAGCAGAACGUAUGUACACAAAGCUCCCCAUACUCGACUGACUCUGAUAUAUCAAAGGUAGUCCGGACGAGGUGCUGUCUGAUUUAGAUAUUAUACAUAACAUCUGGGUUUGGUAUGUCAGGUAGCAUACCUGUAUGAUUCGCACCUGUUUAAAAGUAUCUAGAUUGGAUAACGCGGCCCUGACUUUGGAUAUGUAAAUACCAGGUCUCGGUACAUAUUGGAGGGAUAAGUGUCACUAACGUGUGUACUGAUAGACAUGUAGAUGGCCGGAGAUCACUAUAUCAGAAAAAGUUGUACACCUAUUCGGGAGAGUUGUGUGUCCUUCGCCGUCCUUACUGUUUACAGUGACGGCUGUGAUCUGUGGGAAUAGUAAGAAGCUUGACGUUUUUGUGCCGUUCGGAUUUAAGAACUCCUGAGUUAGUGAUCUCCUGGUGUAGGGAGACCUGUCCCUGACCUAGGAUUUAUGUGGAGAAUAACAACACCAAAUUGUCGAGGAGCGCCCCCGUCUGGGUACGUCCUUACAGGUAACGCUCAGACCACCACACCUGCCUGUGUCGCUCUGUGAGGGGCUCGUGUUAACGUUGUUGUCUGCUUGUAGCACAGCUUGUGUGUUGUACCUUUAACAGCCGUGUAUGAGUUAGAUGGUGGUAAUAUCGUUAACUUGAUGGACCAUUCUUAGUUUACAAUGGGAUAUAUGACUUGUCACAGGUUUCUUAGCAGAUCAGAUCAAGAACCAUCGUCUAGACGGACAAUCCCCAGGAGGACGCUUAACCCAUCAGAGAAAGUGGUGACGUUAGAAUGAUCAUGGUAUCCAAAGAUAAGGUUCAUUUGCUGUACAACGACGUAGAAAAGGAAAUGCACGUGUCGCGAAGCGGAUUUUAUCGCAAAGUCUCGCGAUAUAAGACACUAGGAUGUGUGUUCAUUGUUGUGGUUGCUACACUUUUGAUCACUUCAGCAUGCCUUUCUGAGAAAUUUUGUUGGCGUGAACGAACGUGUGAGCUUCCACCGGUUCCAGUUCAGGAUUCGUCACAUGUGUGUAAGAAACUACAGGACGGAAGUCCGAGGAAGAAAUUUCCGGAAGCACUUAUUAUCGGUGUAAGGAAAGCAGGCACGGGGGCCAUGCGCUUCUAUCUAGAUAUGCAUCCGUACGUGGAAAUUGCAAGUGCUGAAAUUAAUUUCUUUGAUUUUGAAUAUGAGAAUGGAUAUGAGUGGUAUAAAAACCAGUUACCAAUGGCAUUGGACGGUCAAUUAACAAUGGAAAAAACAAGUAAUUAUUUCCAUAACAAAAAAACUAUCCAACGGAUUUAUAACAUGAGUUCAUCUGUAAAGAUGAUUGUGGUUGUCCGUGAGCCCGUGGAACGGUCCGUGUCUGAUUAUAUACAGAGGAAGCUCAAGAAGAGCGAGAAUGAUGAAAUCAGUUAUCCAUCGUUUGAAGAAUUCGUUAUCGAUCCCAGUACGGGCGAGGUGGAUGCAUCUGAAAAGAUCAUUAAACCUUCAAUUUACCACAAACACGUAGUGAAAUGGCUUAAGUACUUUCCCUUGGAAAACUUACACUUCGUGGAUGGUGGUAAUUUGAUUCUGAAUCCAUAUGAUGAAGUGAAAAAGGUAGAAAGCUUUCUGGGAAUACCUCACUGUUUAACACGAGAUAAGUUCGUUUUCAGCUCAACAAAAGGCUUCUACUGCAUUAAAAAGAACAAAGGUCGCAGGGAAGAAACAAAAUGUUUACCGGAAACUAAAGGAAGACCACACCCACCUGUCGAUCCGGACGUGUUGCGCAAACUAAAAGUCUUCUUUAAACCUCUGAACGAGAAGUUUUUCCGGACGAUCGGUCGCUCUUUCAACUGGUGAAAAUUUGUGAUGUUCUUCUUCUUCAGGCAGCUUUCCUGUAUGUGAUUCUGAACAUUUUUAUGUUCAGUGAAUUAUUCUGUUGGCCAUCUGAUAGAGAGGCCAACACUUGUAAGUAGCGAACCUUAGCGAACCUAUUGUUUUAAACUUUGCUCUCGUUGGCACACUGUUGCUAAGUGUUCACUGUAGAUAGACGUGAGGGUAGUCAGGGAAGGUAGACGAAUGCUGUAUAUCUUCAGGGUAAAGUGCUCUUACGUGCUACAGUUGAUUAGAACUGAAUGAAGACGGCUUGACAAGUCGUAUUGGUGAUAUGGAGGCAUACUAAACUUGCUUGAGGAAUAUCUGAGUAAACUGUGUGUGGAUUAUCCAGAUAAACUAUGUAUGGAGUACACAGGUAAACUCUGUGUGGAAUACUCGGGUAAACUUGUGUGGAGAACACAUGUAAACUUUGUGAGGAGUACCCAGGUAAACUUUGUAAGGAGUACCCAGGUAAACUCUGUGUAGAGUACCCAGGUAAACUCUGUGUAGAGUACCCAGGUAAACUCUGUGUGAUAUACCCAGGUAAACUUUGUAAGGAGUACCCAGGUAAACUCUGUGUGGAGUACCCAGGUAAACUCUGUGUGAUAUACCCAGGUAAACUUUGUAAGGAGUACCCAGGUAAACUCUGUGUGGAGUACCCAGGUAAACUCUGUGUGGAGUACCCAGGUAAACUCUGUGUGGAGUACCCAGGUAAACUCUGUGUGGAGUACCCAGGUAAACUCUGUGUGGAGUACCCAGGUAAACUCUGUGUGGAGUACCAGGUAAACUCUGUGUGGAGUACCCAGGUAAACUCUGUGUGGAGUACCCAGGUAAACUCUGUGUGGAGUACCCAGGUAAACUCUGUGUGGAGUACCAGGUAAACUCUGUGUGGAGUACCAGGUAAACUCUGUGUGGAGUACCCAGGUAAACUCUAUGUGGAGUACCCAGGUAAACUCUGUGUGGAGUACCCAGGUAAACUCUAUGUGGAGUAUCCAGGUAAACUCUGUGUGGAGUACCCAGGUAAACUCCAGAGUGUAACCAGAAAAACUGUUAGAUAUACCAAGGUAAACUCUGUGAGGAUUACCAGGUAAACUCUGUGUGGAGUACCCAGGUAAACUCUGUGUGAUAUACCCAGGUAAACUCUGUAUGGAGUACCAGGUAAACUCUGUGAGGAUUACCCAGGUAAACUCUGUGAGGAGUACCAGGUAAACUCUGUGAGGAGUACCAAGGUAACCUCUGUGUGGAGUACCAGGUACACUCUGUGUGGAGUACCAGGUACAUUCUAUGUGGAUUACCCAGGUAAACUCUGUGAGGAUUACCCAGGUAAACUCUGUGAGGAAUACCAGGUAAACUCUGUGUGGAGUACCCAGGUAAACUCUGUGUGAUAUACCCAGGUAAACUCUGUAUGGAGUACCAGGUAAACUCUGUGUGGAGUACCCAGGUAAACUCUGUGUGGAGUACCCAGGUAAACUCUGUGAGGAGUACCAGGUAAACUCUGUGAGGAGUACCAAGGUAACCUCUGUGUGGAGUACCGAGGUAAACUCUGUGUGGAGUACCCAGAUAAACUCUGUGUGGAGUACCAGGUAAACUCUGUGAGGAGUACCAAGGUAACCUCUGUGUGGAGUACCGAGGUAAACUCUGUGUGGAGUACCCAGAUAAACUCUGUGUGGAGUACCCAGAUAAACUCUGUGUGGAGUACCAGGUCAACUCUGUGAGGAGUACCAAGGUAACCUCUGUGUGGAGUACCGAGGUAAACUCUGUGUGGAGUACCGAGGUAAACUCUGUGUGGAGUACCCAGAUAAACUCUGUGUGGAGUACCCAGGUCAACUCUGCGAGGAUAACUGACUUAUUUACUGUCGUCUGAUUCGCUACAGUAAUUACACAUUCCGUUAGAUAUGUAGAACUCUAUAUUGUUGUAUAGACAUAAUCUUGUUGUUUCCGUUGACUCUAUUAUUCAUAAACACAUAGCUAUAUACAUUUCAGUUUAAACACAUUCCAUUAUAGAGUUUACCUUUUAUGAUCACUUCGCGUGUAACUAGUUCAUUUAGUCAACUUUUCGUUGUACAUUUUGUUUUAACUCUAAAUCUCUAAACAGUGAUAGUUAUUAAUAUUUAAUGUUAUAUUAUCUUCAUAUCUAAAGACAUAUAUCCGAGCAGGUUUGUCCAAUACUGCUUCAUUAUCGUUGAUGUAAUUAUUAAACAGAUUUCAAGCGAAUUCACAAAGAGCGGACUGACGGUACCUAUGUUACUGUACACAUGUACGUUAGUUUUAAGAAACGUAACGACUUUAAACCCAGCAUCUCUGCAUUUCUUACGAACACGGAGCAUUAUAAACUUCAGAUUAGCUAUUUUCUAUGAUGUUAAACUGCGUACUAUAAUGUUUUAUUAGGUUGUGACGUUGGCAGGUCAGACGCCAUCUUCCUACCAGUUACACGUGUCUUUGUAUUUCCAUAUAAUUUGAUAUUUUUGCAUUUAUUCCUGACAGAUUAGAACUGUUAACCACACAUUCAUUUGAACCCCUAACAGUCCCAUAGUGUACCAACCUGAUAAAUUUAUAAUCCAUCACUUUUAAAUUCCCUACCGAAACUACCUUUGUACUAGAUAGAGCCUUAACGACAUGACAGGACGAAUAUAGUAAGAGUAUUGAUGGAAUAAUUCCCGGCUUUACGCUCCUUAAAACAAUUUGGAAAUUCCUUAACUUUGGAAAUUAUUUUACUUGAAAAAUUCAUUAAAUUGGGAAAUUCCUGAAACUGGGAAAUGUGCUUACUUGGAAAAUUCAUUAACUUGGGAAAUUUGUUUACUUGGAAAAUUCAUUAACUUAGGAAAUUUGGUUACUUGGAAAAUUCAUUAACUUAGGAAAUGUGUUUACUUGGAAAAUUCAUUAACUUGGAAAAUUUGGCUACUUGGAAAAUUCAUUAACUUGGAAAAUUCCUCAGCUUAAAAUUUUCCAUACGGCCGCUUUAUUCGAUUUAAGUAAAACAUUAAUGAGGGAUUUUCUUUAAACAUUGUUGUAGGUAUCAGAUACCAGUAGUCGCGAAAUGUUUAUAUUUAGCAACAAGAACUGUGGACAGGACCACUGAACUCUCGCAUAACUGGAUCGUUCCCGACAUUAGUAUGUCCUUUAGCUAGCUGAUGACGUCAGAAAUCAUUCAAUUUGACCUGAUCAGAUUUGAUAUUUCCAUUUGUACAAAUCAUUACAGCUCUUGUUCUUAUUCGUGUGUGUAAAUUCGCCUUUAACACAUGAUACUGUGUUGUUUUACAUAUACAGGUGACUUUAAUGCGGAGGCCUACAUUUUGUUUACAAUAAACAAAAUUAUUUAAUAUGACCAUAGACUACCAUCGCAGAACAAUCAGUAUUCGGUAGUUAAAAUAUAAUGACUGAUAUUCAGUUUUCAUUUACGUGUAUAAGUGAUAUAUGUAUUAUAUAAUAAUUUGCGAAACCGCCAAUUUAAUACAAGUAACUGUAUUGGUACCCCUAUGUAUAUGUUUUGAAUCUCUGUUAUGCUUGUAUUGAGACGCAGGUUGGUUUAAAAAAUGACCACUGUACGUUAUAGUGGUCAAUAUUGUAGUUAUCGGUCAUCGCAGUAGCUUGUGUUUACACUGAACUGACCUCUGUUUACAGAAAUGUUAUAAAAAUGUUUUGUUGCUGACAA